CAAUCAAUGAUUAUAUUCAUGCACGGAAUCUCCACUCAUAUUGAGCUAGCAAAUACCUGGCAACCCUGCCUGAUUUCUGCGUCAUGCUGGUCCUAGUUGUGCGGCAAGACUUUCUUUGAAAGGUCGUCAACUUGCCAUUCUGUACAAGUAGUGCUCAGCAAAAUCCUGGAAAUGGUGAUGGACAAAGUGUAACUUUCGAUUUGGACUGUGACAACUUCAGAUCUGAGUCUUUCAGCGUGAACUUGCGAUCACUAUUAUUGUUCUCAUCGUCAUCCACUUCCACCAAAGCCAUGGAUAUGGAUGGUAUGUCGACAAACAGCAUCACUAUCUGCCUGCCCCCGUCUCUGAGUUUGUCAGAGAUAAAUGCAGACAAUUUAAGGAAUGUGGUGGAGGCAGCAUGUCAGAAUUCCCAAGAUGCAUUUGGUCAAAAUGGAGAAAUUAUUUUGUAUGUCAGAGAGCAAGAUCAAGACCAACCUUUCAUUGUGGACCAGUCUCUCUUGGAAGUUGGCGUUGGAGAUGGAAUGGAACAUGCCAUCCUUAUGGAUACUUCAGGUGCUAUUCAGGACCCUACUUUUACAAUACAAGACCAGAGCUUUGCCACACAAGAUCACCAAACAUUUACUGUAAAUGAUCAAACAUUUUCUGUACAAGAUGGAACAAUAUCAGUCCAAGAUGCUUCUGCCCAGAUUCAAGAUCCCACUACAUUAGUCAUUGACAAUAGCGCUCAUCUUCAGGAACAACUCGGUGUGGUGCAACAAGAAGCUGCUGAGCCAGCUCCGGAACUGGUCCAAGUCAAGACAGAAGUAACAGCCCCAGCUCCUGUCUUACAAACUCAUGGGCCAGGAGCUAAGAAGAACAAAACCAUCAUCCAUGAACCUAUAGAAUUCCACUUCCCUCGACUCAAAGCUGAAGUUCCUGAAAAGCUGACCACUGCAGCUGGCUCCAAGAUCUUUUGCUGCAAUAUCUGUUCCUACAAAAGUGCGACACGCGCCCUCCUGAGACAGCACAUGAUCAUCCACUCUGAAAAGAAAUUCAAGUGUGAAAAAUGUGACUACACCUGCCACACGUCCAGCCAUCUCAAACGCCAUAUGUACACUCAUGAGACCAGCAAACCUAUAGAGUGCACCAAGUGCGAUUACACAUGCACACAAAACUUUCAGAUGAAAGCCCACAUGAUGCAACAUGAGACGAAGACUCCUUUUGUUUGUGAGAUUUGUAAUGCAGUCUAUAAAAAACAAGAAAGUCUUAAAGUUCACAUGCUGACUCAUUCCAACGUACAGAAAUUUCGCUGCACACACUGCACCUAUGCUGGAAAUCGUUAUGGAGAUUUUAAAAGACACAUGCUCACUCAUCUGGCCACCAAACCUCUGAAAUGCACAGUUUGCAGCUACACAUGUAUUCGCCAGUGGAGGCUGAAAGCUCACAUGAAAAUUCACGCCCAGGACAAACCGUUGCUCAAAUGUGACUUGUGUGACUUUACAUGUGUCAGUGCACCCCGGCUGAAGGAGCAUAAAGUGUUGCACACUCAGAUAGAAGGCAUCAUUCGAUGUCCGCUGUGUAGUUAUGUGUGUACACAACAGUCUCGACUGAAGAGGCACAUGAAGAUUCAUGGAAACAUGGCAAAGGAGGAGCCUGGGACAGUGGAUCAGAAGCCCAUACUGAUUUCUAAUGCUGGCAACUAUCUGAUGAAGACCCUGAGCGAUGCUGCUGUGGAUGCUGCAGAUGGAGAGGAUGUAGACUGGGAAGCUGAUAACUUAGACGACGAACAACUCAACUCCUUGGCUGGUAUGGCGGAGAAGCCUUCUCAAAUUUUCUCAAUCAUACCCAAAGAGACAAAAACCAUCACCAUCAACCCGCAGCCAUAUUUAACAACAACUGCUCCGUCUACUCAAAAGAUCAUUAUCCAAAACAAUAACGCCGAUUUGUUUAAGUCCAUUGUGCAGCCUACCGCCACUCAGGAAGAGGAGCAGGAGGCGUCUUCCACAGUGCUCAUCCCUCAGCCCCCACCACCACCACCUCCUCCACCACCAGAACCAGAAUCGCCCAAGUUGCCCAAAAAUCACUCCAAGUCGAAAAGAUAUCACUGUGAGCAGUGCAACUUCUCCUGUGACUUCAAGUCAACCAUGACAGCACACAUGAAGAAACACAGUGUUAUGAAGAAAUACCAGUGUGCUCACUGUGAUUACAAAUGCAACGACACUUCACGAAUGAAGGAUCACCUGUUGUGUCACACAACUGAGCGAUCGUUCAGCUGCACACUCUGUGACUUUACUUGUAAGCGCAAGAUGGGCUUAAAGGAUCACAUGAAGAAGCACACAGAUGAGAAGUCUUUCCAGUGUAAAGAAUGUGACUACUCUUGCCGCACUAACGAAGGCCUCAAGUCUCACAUGGCUAAGCACUACGGUGUCAAACCGUACACUUGUGAGAUCUGUGGCCAAGGCUGCUCUUCUGCCUAUCUCUUGAAAAAGCACAAGCUUAUCCAUGGUGAGAAGCCACUGCAGUGUGAGUUUUGUGAUUACAAAUGCAUUCAGAAGAAGCAAUUGAAGAACCACGUCCUGCAGCACAAGUACCAGCACCCAUGGUGCUGCAAUCUGUGCCCGGCCACAUACAAGAAGGAGGAGAGUCUCAAACUGCAUAUGUUGUCGCAUCAGAACAUUAAGAAAUUUGUAUGUAACUUGUGCAAUUAUGCUGGCAAUAGGGCAGCAGACUUCCGUCGACACAUGCUCACCCACUCCACUUCCAAGCCCUUGCAGUGCCCACAGUGCACUUACUCCUGCAUUCGGGCCUCGAGACUCAAAGCUCAUAUGUUGGUUCACACCCAAGAAAAAUUGGGUGGCCGUAAAGCCACUGGCACUCAACCAAAGGCAUACAGGUGUGCUUUCUGUGAGUUUUCAUGUACCAGGACAUCUAGAUUGAAAGCUCAUUUGUCCAAAGUUCAUCUUGACCUUCCAGACAAUGUCAUAUUUAGCAUUGAUUUGAAGCAAAUUGAACGGGUGUAAAGUUGAAGGAGAUAAAAAGUUAAUAAAAGGGAUCCAGUUUGUCAUUCUUUUUGUGAACAAAUUCUAUGUAAUCAAUGCUUUUCUGUUCUGGAUCAAACACUCUUGUUAUGAAAGUGUAUGUUCCAAAGCUGUUUGUAGUGUACGUUCAUGUAAAGUCAUGUAAAACCAUUGUUGUGUUCCGGGCUAAAGAAGAAUAAUACAUUGUAUUUGGGCUAGUGUGAAGCAGAGUGAUGAUCAGUCGGCAUAAUAACAGUUCAAAAUCAGACAGACUUUUGGUAUGCAUUGUAAACUGCGUAACAGUAUAUUCAUUUGCUUUCUUUUUGAGUGAGAGAGAUUCAUAAAAGUAGGCUUUGUGUUCAUCUGCAGACUGGUAUUUUCACUUUCCCCUAAAUGACGUGACAGAAAUAUCCUGACAUUUGUUAUCUUGUUUGAGCGUAAAUGGCAACAAUAUUUUCGAGAUAUCCUAUGUGUGUAAAAUUUAGAGUUUUCCAUGCUGUACAUUACUCAUAUUGCUGUCUUACAUGUUUCUUUUGUUGUUCCAG